AUGCGGUGGCGGCUGCCAGGCGCCCGUACGACACUCCCCGCCAGUGUCGCACUCCUCCUUCUCCCAGCUCUGGUCGCUCCGCUGCAGCAAUCAGAUGGCCAUGACUCCAUCUCUCGUGUCUCUGUGCCCCUAGCACAAGAGUCAUCAAAACACCAUGCGGCCCAUGUAGCCGCACCACCCAUCGUGAAACCCAACGAUGCGAGCGCCCUUGCUACUCUGGCUCUGGCAGGCUCCGGCCGCGCCGUUCGAGCCCCUCCUGUCCAAGCCAGCAGCACCGCUGCAGGCUUGGCUUCGCAGCUUCACGCGCGGUCCUUGCAGGACUGGGAGGUUGAGGAUUUUGUGCUGCUGGCGACCGUCGACGGAACUAUUCACGCCCGUGAUCGCAAGACUGGAACUGCUCGAUGGGCCCUAGAGGUCCCGAGCAGUCCUGUGGUCGAAAGCACUUACCACCGAGCGAAUCGUUCCAGCUUUGACGAUACAGAGCCCGAAGACGACUUUUUAUGGAUCGUCGAACCGAGCCAAGAUGGCAGCCUAUAUAUCUACAGCCCCGCCCCAGACGCCGGCUUGCAAAAGCUCGGCUUAACUGUGAAGCAGCUUGUCGACGAAACCCCUUAUUCUGGCACUGACCCUGCUGUGACUUACACUGCUCGCAAAGAAACUACAUUAUACACGAUUGACGCCCGGACUGGUAGCAUUCUGCGUGUGUUUAGUUCCCGUGGUCCAAUUCCCGCUGCACCUGAAUGUCGGAAGGUCAACGGAGAAGAUCCGGACUCCGAUGAGUGUGAGUCGUCAUCUGGUACUUUGGUUCUUGGUCGGGUUGAAUACGCCGUGGCUAUACAAAACACCGAGACGGGAGAUCCAAUUUGCACCUUGAAAUACUCAGAGUGGGCACCGAACAACCGUGAUAUGGACCUACAGAGCCAGUAUUACAGGACAAUGGAUCAAAGCCACAUUUAUAGUAUGCAUGACGGCGUUGUGCUGGGAUUCGAUCACUCGCGCAUGGAUCGGCCUCGCUAUACCCAGCGGUUCUCAUCUCCUGUGGCGCGAGUCUUUGACGUGGUUCGUCCUGCCCACAAAGAUGCACCAGAUGCCUCGACCCCACUAGUCUUGCUCUCACAACCGCUUCAGCCACCGGAUCCGGAUUACGGAUCUCUUGAUGAUGACAGGGACAUGCGUGUAUUCAUUGAUUGCACUGAGGCAGGGGGCUGGUAUGCCUUCUCAGAGGAAACCUAUCCCCUGGCCACGGGCCGCGCUCCAAUGGCUCAAUGCUAUGACAAGGACUUCUUCCGCCGGGGGCAAGCACUCAUGAGUCUUACUGCGCGUCAGCAGCGGAAUGCGUUGGCUGGUGUUCACUCUCUCACUGGCCCACGUAUCGUCCGUCCACAUAUUCCUAGACUCGCCGGGUCAUCUACCUCUGAACUCUCUAAUGAUACGCCACGAGAUAUCCUUCGCAGUCCUUCGGAGCUGGCUUUGCCUCCCGCAUUGCGAAAUAGCGCGAUUAUUCGCAAGAGCUGGGACAAUGCUUUGGAUAUUGUCGUGACAUUGAUUUUACUUUUCAUCUGCACCUUCAUCUACUUCAACUCGCAUCACCUUCGCGAUUUGGCCAAACAGAAACUGGAUAUCAAGAAUAUUAUCAACUCCAAUGAUAAGCCUUCUCUGUCCACCCCUUCCACCCCUGUUGUCGGCGGUGCCCCGGAGAUCAAGCGUUCAACUACACCCACCCAACAAGUUCCUAACGUCACAGUUAAUUUGGAUUUGGAUGAUUCGUCACCAGAUGGUGGACCAACCCCGCGUGCCUCACGAGAAUACACUCCAGACUCCAACCUGCGGGUGCAGAUUCGCGAGCCGUCGCGCGGCCCUGAUGACGAGGACCUCGAUGAACCGGGAAAGCCAAAGAAAAAGCCUCGCGCUCGUGGAUCUCGAGGAGGAAAGUCACACCGCCGCCGCAAAAAGCCUGACGGCGAGGGUGAUAGCCCUGAGGGGGCCGGUCAGGCCGUGGAGCAGCCUCGACUUGAGCCCGAUGUCCAGAUGGUCAGGACGAUCUCGAACGAGAUUAUGGAGAUGGAUGGCGUUGUUCGCGUCGGCCGUCUUCAGGUUUUCACUGAUGUUGUGCUGGGACAUGGCAGCCAUGGAACUGUGGUUUACCGCGGUUCGUUUGAUGGACGAGACGUCGCGGUCAAGCGUAUGUUGAUGGAAUUCUAUGACAUUGCAUCCCACGAAGUGGGUCUAUUGCAGGAGAGUGAUGACCACCAUAACGUGAUCCGAUACUUCUGCCGCGAGCAAGCCACCGGGUUCUUGUACAUUGGCCUCGAGCUUUGUCCAGCAUCUCUUCAGGAUGUGAUUGAGCGUCCUGUUAGCUACCCGGAACUAGUUCAAAGUGGGUUAGAUCUGCCCGACGUACUACGGCAGAUCACCCAGGGUGUCCGUUACCUGCACUCUUUGAAGAUCGUCCAUCGUGAUUUGAAGCCGCAGAACAUUCUCGUGGCUAUGCCGCGUGGGCGCACCGUUUCCCGGUCAUUGCGGCUCCUUAUCUCGGAUUUUGGCCUGUGCAAGAAGCUUGAAGACAACCAAAGCUCGUUCCGUGCAACCACUGCCCACGCCGCUGGAACCUCCGGCUGGCGUGCCCCUGAGCUCCUCGUGGAUGAUGACGGUCCUAUGUCUCUCGCAUCGCAGCACACCGAGUCCUCAGAGCCCGCUGUGGUGGACCCGCAGACCAACCGCCGCGCUACUCGGGCCAUUGACAUCUUCUCACUGGGUUGUGUGUUCUACUAUGUCUUGACUCGUGGCAGUCACCCAUUCGACAAGAAUGGCAAGUUUAUGCGUGAGGCAAAUAUCGUCAAGGGCCAUUUCGAUUUGGAGGAAUUAAAUCGCCUAGGGGACUAUGCUUUUGAGGCAGAUGAUCUCAUCCGCUCCAUGCUGGCUCUAGACCCUCGCCAACGUCCUGACGCAAGCGCUGUAUUGAUGCACCCGUUCUUCUGGCCCCCAUCAGACCGUCUCACAUUCCUGUGCGAUGUAUCCGACCACUUCGAAUUUGAGCCGCGUGACCCUCCAUCAGACGCACUGCUUUGCCUAGAAUCAGUGGCUGAGCGGGUAAUGGGUCCUGAAAUGGAUUUCCUGCGCUUAUUGCCGCGAGACUUCAAAGACAAUCUCGGCAAGCAGCGCAAGUAUACCGGGGCGCGGAUGCUGGAUCUCUUGAGGGCUCUCCGCAACAAGCGCAAUCACUACAAUGAUAUGCCUGACCAUCUGAAGGAUAAUAUUGGCGGCUUGCCCGAAGGUUAUCUCAAUUUCUGGACAUUCAGGUUCCCGAGCUUGUUAAUGAGCUGUCAUACGGUCGUUGCGGAGCUGGAUUUAACUCGCAUUGAUCGUUUCCGGAGGUAUUUCGUGCCUCCAGAAUAG